UUAGUGAGAAGAGACCUGCGGUUUGUAUUUGUUGUCACGAUAUGCUCUUCUCCCCCAAAAAAGGCCAAAAGUAAAUAGAAAUCGAGAUAGUAACGUUAGCUAGUGGCAGCUGGAAUGAGGAAAUGCAGCCGGCUAACUGACACUACCUGAAUCAACGGUAGUCUCUGUUGAAACAAACUGAUUUGUUUUUUUAGAACGCCCAGAAGACAGCCUACAACAAAAGGAAAAGGUGAAAUGGAGAUGCUGUGUUUCCGGUUACCGGGCCAUGGGGACACGACCCUGAGGCACCUAAAUUCACUGAGGUCCCUCCAGCACUUCUGUGACAUCACCAUUGUGGCCAGCGACAACCAGACAUUCAGGGGACAUAAGGUGGUGCUGGCUGCCUGCUCGCCCUUCUUGAGGGACCAGUUCCUCCUCAACCCGUCCUCCAAGCUUCAGGUGUCGAUGCUGUACAGCUCCACAGUGGUGUGUGAUCUGCUUCAGUCUUGUUACACUGGCGUCUUGCAGUUUAACCCAGAGGAGAUUGUCAACUACCUGACUGCUGCCAGCUACUUACAGAUGGAGCAUAUUGUGGAGCGCUGCAGAGGAGCACUGAAGAAGUAUGUGCAGCUAAAAGACCCCAGUCCAGCAAAGGUGACUUCAGAGGAGAGCCAGGCUCGACUGUUGAUUGUCAGCAGAAGCAAUCAUUCUGUUGCAUCUCCUCCCACUAGCCAACCUUCGCCUUUGCACCCACCCAGUCCUGUAGUAUGCUCAGUGGAAGAGAAUCGCUGCAACAUGUCUGUUCAGGGCAGCAGUCAACACCACAACGGCAGCCCCAUGCUGGAUGAGCCAUGCAUUAAGGUUCAUGCAUCAGACGAGGAGGAAGAAACCAGACAGGAGGACUAUGAUGUGUUCAGAGUGUACAUCUCCGAAGAACAGCAGGUGAACAGAGACGGGGAGGAGGAGAGCGGCGCUCCCUCUGAUGGACCUCAAGAUGCGUUUUACCCAGAGACGGGUGGUGUCAUGGUUGGAGGAGAAGGAGGUGAAUACGACUUGAAUCCAACAGAAGAUAAUCUGAGUACGGGGGGACUUUCAGUGGAGGGGCUCCGCACAAUCAGGCGAAGGAUGUCUGACCCUAAAAUUGGCCGGGGCAGAGGACGAGGCAGGGGUUUUAAGAGGAGAAGGUGGGUGUCAUCACAGGAGAAAAGACCUCAAGGCAUGCCUCACAACCAGGAUUUGUGGUACCUAGCAACUGCAGGGAUAGGAGGGGGUUUCGGCUUGGACUACAGCCAAGAAGGGCUUAAGACAGGAAAUUACGUCUCAGUUGAACUCCCACAGUUAGACUUCAGCAUGGGCGAUGGUCAGGGGGAUAAAGUCUCACCAGUCGGUGCCAACAAUUUGACCCAGUACCCCCUGCAGGAGUCCAGUUGUGGUGCUGGUGAGGGGAGUUCAGGGCUGACGACUGUUGGAACACACAAGGGGGGGGAUGAAUCUGUUGCGGUGGUGGGAUCCACCUCCAAUGUAACUGUAAUCUGCGAGCACUGCGGUAUGACGUUCCCCUCGGCCCACUCCCUGGCCAUCCACUCCCGCUCCACUCACCUGCUGUACGCCUGCCCCUGCUGUGGUAAACACUUCCACCACUCCGCCAACCUCACCCGACACAUGGCCGUGCACAGAGGCGCCGGCAAAACCCACCAGUGCCCCCUGUGCUAUAAGACUUUCACCCAAAAAUCCACACUGAUAGACCACAUGAACCUCCACAGUGGCGAGCGACCACACCGCUGCGCAUACUGCCACGCCCGCUUUGCCCACAAGCCCGCCUUACGACGCCACCUGAAGGAACAACACGGGAAAACCACGGGGCAGAACUCCCUUCAUGAGCAGGAGGAGUUGGAGAGAGCCGGUGGAAGAAUAAGAGAGGAAGAGCAAGAAUGCCUGGUUACUGAACAAGUGACAUAGGCCAUUUAAUAUGUUCAUUGUCUAAACGUCUAAAGCUCCUGCUGUUACAUUUUGCAGAGUGCACGUCCAGUGGGGAGGACAGUCUGUGGGGUCAUGGCCCCAAGUGGAUAUUAAAGGGACAGUUCACCCCAAAAUCGAAAAUGCAUAUUUGACCUUACCUGUAGUGCUAUUUAUCAAUCUAGAAUGUUUUGGUGCGAGUUGCCGAGUGUUGGAGAUAUCGCCCGUAGAGAUGUCUCUGCCUUCUCUUGGGGAUGUGGUGCUCAAAGCGGCAAAAAUUGGUGUUGGAAAAACUACAUUUCUAGAAAUCAUGAACCUGUUACUAAAGAAAACCGGGGUGAACUGUCCUCUUUUUAGCAAGUGCUGAAGGCCUUUUUUAAAAUGUCAGACUGCGAAAAUAAAAACCCUUUCUUAUGAAAUGUUU